AUGGCUCCAACAUCGUCGAUGCUCGGAAAGCGCGACGGGCCCGGCGGCACCUCAGAAUCGAGUAAGCGCGCCAGAAUUGUGAUUGAGGUGGUACCAGACGGUGAUGUUAUCCUGAAGGUCGGCAAGGGAGACGAGGUUGUAGACUUAAGAGUCUCAGGAGCCAUCAUCGGCCUCGCUUCCGAGUAUUUUGCAAAAGUGUUAUCGUCAUCUUUCGAGGAAGGCCUUUCAAAAGUAAUCCAGCUUAGGGAUGAUGAUCCAGAGGUCAUUGAGGAUUUCUGCUACAUUGUUCACCACAGAAUGGACAGUCUCAACCACUGCGAUGGCCAACACCUCCUGAAGCUGUCCCUGACGGCAGACGCACGUUUCUGUACGAAGACAUUGAAACCAUGGGUUGCCACUAGGCUCUUUGAUGUCAUGAAGCUGGUGGAAAGAGCGUCAGACGAGCUUGGCACGUGCGAAGAGCCCAGUUACAUACAUAACCACAAGCUGCUUGGCCUCCAGAUCGAGGAGGUUGUGGAGAUCGCUGCAGUUUUUCGCAUGGACGAUCUGUUCUGGCAGGCAACGCGAAUCGCUAUCUACCAGUCUGAUUGUCGUCCGAGUGAUGGCGAGUCCAAGCAAACCAUAUCAACCAUGCAGUCAGCAGGAGCCAAUAACCUCGACCUCAAUGGUGCUCGAUAA